CGGCCCGCGGUAACCAGCGCGAGGGCAACGCAACGCGGUGAUCAAAUCGGUAAAGAUGUAAGACCGUGGAUUCACAUCGUCAGCUCUGCGUGCCAGUCCGUAAAGUCACGACGACGAGGUCUGGUCUGAGCGCCGGGCGCAUCGAAGCGACGAAUCCGUAGUAGCUGCGGGCGCGCGCUAGUGUCGGCAUCGGUGCUGCUUGUAUCCCUUUUAAUAUCUACCUUCUCGGCCAACUUUUGGAUUCCCAAAAGUAGUAUAGAAAACCGGUUCCCCUCCUUCUUUCUUUCUCUCUCUCUCUCUCUCUCUCUCUCUCUCUCUCUCUCUCUUUUUCUUUAUCUCUUUAUCUCUUUCUCUCUUUGCUGGUGAAUAGCGACGUAAGAAAUCGACAGUUAGUGAAUUAAGAAUUAUCUUGGAUAUGAAUUCUUCGACCUUUGUCGGAAACCCGGAUGUCAUGAUUGCAGGGCCACCUCCACCGCCACCUCCUCCACCUCCUGCGUCUGGUCACUUGCCAGCUAUGAGGAUAAAUACUGCUGAGAACACAACAGCAAAAAGGCCGCAAGUAGUUAACAACGAUGCUUAUGAGCCGCCGGCAGCCAUCCAGAAUGCCAUGCUAACCAAGGAUAAAAAACCCUUUACUUAUACUCCGGGUAUGGGUGGUAAAUUGGAUCUCUCACAGAUUCGCAGUCCACGAAUGGCAAGAAGAGUGGCGAAAAAUGCUAAUGACGAAGGUAUAGAGGGACCACCGAAAUCUGCUAUCGAGUCAAAGCCUACAUCGCCUGCAGCUUCUUCCGCAACGAAUCUCUUGAUGCCUCAAGUCGCAGUGCCUGUUUUUCCUUCCAAUGUGCCACCCCCGCCUCCUAAUAGGAUGUCAUCUUCAAUCAACAGAACAAUGUCGAAUGCUGUAGAUAAAUCAAUUGAACCAGCAAGGAACAUUACAAAGGUGGUAGACAAACCAAUUGAACCAGUAAGGAACAUCACAAAGGUGGACACAAAAAUAGUACCGAUUCCAAUCACGUCCAGUCAGUCAAGCACUCCCGAAAGUCCAGGCACUCCAACACAGGUUACCUUGGCAAAGGCUCCUACUCCUUGGAUGCAAAAUAAAAACAAGCCACAGGAAGAACUGCCUGAAUGGGCUAAACGUACCAGUACGAAUAAAACGGUCGGUAGUGAUCCGUUGGAGAACGCAUUUUCUCCAGUUCAUGUCCAAGUUCAGCAAUCGUCUCCGCAAUAUUCACAAGUGAAGCAAAAGCAAGAUCAAAAACCGUAUUCGAAUCCGCAGCAACAAAUGAAGCCGCAACAGUUAUCUCAACAGUCGCAACAGCAAAGGCAGAAUACCAAUUCCAUAGCGUCACAACAAACCAAACCGCAACAAGAACGCAUUAUACCUAUCCAAAUUGAAGAUAGACCUUCAGUAUUUGAUGUGAAGCGUGAAUCUGGUCAUCAUCAGUUUAAGCAGCCUCCAACUAUGCAUCAUCAGCAACGAUGGGGUCAAGUGCCUGCACAACAUACAUUGGAUAAUCAAGCGCAAAAUUAUCAGCGAGAUCAAAACCCAUCGCAAAUUUAUGUCACAUCUCCAUCUCCGCAGCCACAACAAUCAGUUGGAACGACUUAUAUCAUCCCCCUUGUAGUAGAAGGUAGCGAGAAAAGAACGGUGCCAAGUACGGAAAAUAAUAUUAAGAUUGGGAAACCAGUAAGAGUAGCACAACAGCGAAGUAUUGACCUUACUCAACAAGAGCCUGGUCCGGUUCAAUCGCGAUCAUUUCGUGUCCUUCAGAAAAUUACGGACACCGACGAUUCUAGUGAUGUUGGUACAGAACAAAUACGUAGAAUGGAAUUAAGUGAAGAUGAAAAACUACUCAUGAAUAAAUUUAAAGAGCAAGUUGAUCAUGAAACUUAUCUCCAUCAAGAGAAAGAUCCGAGAUACCGUGGUGCAGCCAUACCUUCACGAGCUUUUCGUUUUUUACAAAAUAUGACAGAUUCGAACGAUACUUCAGUAAUUAACGCUGCGCCACAUAAUGUACAGAACGCAACAAAUAAGCGGCAAAAUAGAAAUUCUAAGUCGUUCGAAGAGAUACAAGCAAAUUUGCCGCCUAGUGAACAACAAGUACAAGAACCGAAGAAAUACAUGGGUAGUGCAAUUCCUUCUCGAUCCUUCAGGAUAUUACAAGCAAUGACAGCAUCAGAAAAUGAUGCCACACAAGAAAAUCGUCAAGCAGAUUACACCUGUCGAACAGAGAAUAACUUGCCAGGCAAUCAGCAAGAUGUAUUCUUCUCUCCUCAACCCGUUUCCUUCUGGUCGCAUUCCGAAGGUUGGUGGGGCUAUUAUCCCGUGCAAUGUAAUGCUCCAUUCAAUAAGCCCGCGAACGGGGCGGACGAACACUCUUUUCCUUACCUACGAUAUCCAGACAAAAACGCGUAUAUUGGAUAUGAAUUUUUUUAUCCGGUUUACGAUGAAAACUUUGCGGACGUGGCACAGACGAAAGGUAUAGACCAAAAAAAUUCUUCAGGCCAGUACGUUACCGUAAUUUGCCCUCAAGCAGGUUGCAAUGAUGUCCAACAAUCGCACGUUGAUACAAAUAACUGUAACUAUAUUCACAAUUGUUGUAUCACUCGCCACCCGUCACCUGCUCGGAACGAUAGAUAUUUUAUGCCAGACAACAUGGCCAAUAAAGCAGAAAAUACUUUGCCCAACGAGAUUAAUCAUUUGGAUGCACAGUCAAGUGGGACGUUCGAUCCCAAAAAUGUCUGUGAGAACAAAGAUAAAAAUUAUAUGAUGGCAAUGAAUAUAGUUGAUGAAGAGGACGGCAUAUCGGAUAAUCCCAAAACUCGUAUCUUCAAUAACAUUGAAAAAUCUAGGAAAACAUUCGGUCUGCACAUCAACGUGCCUAAUUACACAUACAUAGACACUAGUGACUCUAGCAAUUCUAACGAUUGCAGCGAUUCCAACGAUUCCAGCGACUCCAGCGAUUCUAUUUCCGACAAUGAGCAUUUUUCGGAUUUAAAGUAUAACGAUACUUCCAAUAACAUUUUGUCCAGUAGCGAUUCGGAUUCGUAUGAGGGUUACUCUGUGGGUUUAAAUCCUUACAACAAAGUGAAGAAAGAUCAAUGCAUUAUUUCUUCUGAUAAGAACUGCACUGAUUUCACCGUUCAUUCGGAAUGCUCGAUCAGCGAUGAUCAUUCAUAUGAAUAUUCGCAAAACGAUUUUGAAAAUACUCACAGAGAUAAAAUACUUCCUAAAGGGAACUAUAUUGAUUGUUCGAACGAUCAAAAUUCUUGCGCGAUGUUAAAACAAGAUUCCAUGUGCACAACACAGAAAGACUACACUGAUAAUCAAAGUAAUCUCAAUUCUUGCUCUAGUAAGAUAAAUUCCAUAAAUAAUCGCGUGUCGAAUACGCGCUCUGAUGAAGAGAGCUCGACAACUGACAACAUCAAUUCUCAUGAGUUGAACGUAAUUCGUGAGGAUGUAGAACGGUCGAGUUCUGAGAGUCUUCAUUAUGAGAGUAAGAAGAAGAUUGAUGAACGGAAUGAAACUUCUUUUGAGAUGACUGACGAUCCGCCUGACGACACCGAAAUUACUAUGGUCAGUGUGAGUUUGCCCCUAAAAUUUAAGUUUUCCGUAUCCGAGAACAAUGAAGACGUCACUACUGUGACAGUCGGGAACAGUAAAAUAAUGGCAGAGAAAUCUUGCGGCGAAUAUUCCAUGAAAAAGGAUGAGAAUAAUGAAAAUGACGAUGUUUGCGUUAAUUUUCAUAUUGGCAAUGACACCAGCGUAGAUUUUACCGUGAAAAAACAUGCAUCUGAUGUGAUCUGUCCAACAACAAAGACAGAGAAUAAGGCGAGAAUUGAGACUGCGAUACCGCAAGUGGAUUUCACUUUUAAAAGAGAUUCAACGAAUGAUAAUGAAAUUAACUGCACGGAACAAAACACGGAAAUAGAAUUUCCAGUAACGAAAACAGACUGCCAGGAAAUAAUAGAAUUAGUGUCGGAAAAUGCCGAUAUCACUUCUGAGUUAACAAUGGCUUCGGAAGAUGUAUUAGUGAACGAUGAAAAUUGCAUUCAAACAAAAUUUAUUUGUAAUAAUUUCGAACAUAAUGAUAUCAACAGGACGACCGCUGAGUCGGAAUCUGUCACGUCCGAAGGUUUUUGGAUGCAAAAUUUUGAAACACUUCAGGAUGUCGAUCAAACAAAUCAAACAAAUCAGCAGAAUUGUUGCGUAAUUGUGGAUAAUAAUAUUGAUCGAUGCAUUGACCCGGAACUUUCAUGUCAGACAGACACAAACUAUCUGAUGGUUGUUCAGGAUUCUCGUGAAGAUACUGAUGACGAAGAUAGUGGAGUUACUUCUGAUACAAGCCGAAUGAUAUCUGAGAAUGACACGGAGUGCCGUGAGCUCGACACAGACUCGGAAUGUACCAUUUCGAAAAACCCCAAAAAGUACCAACGAACACAAACACACUCGCGACUUUUCCGGCUUCUAAACAACAAUUCUAUUUUGUCCGAUUGUAAGGCAGAUUCCUGCUCCAAAAAGGAAUACCUUAGUUUACCACUUAAGACGAACUACGAUGACAGUUAUUGUUCUAAUUAUUCCAGUGGUUUAACAUCUCCUGAAUAUUCGCCCAUUCACGAGCAAUCUUGUCGAAAGUUUCACGACGCGACGAUAAACGGAAAUACCGUGUAUUUAGCGGACGUUAAGCGCCACCAUUCGGCGCGCCAACAAUCGGAACAGAUUCCUUCGAAAAGUAACUCAGAUUUCCCAGUUUGGAAGAGCACGAAAUUACCUAGCCCACAGGAGCAUGAUGUUAUGCCGUCUUUAGCUUUCAAGAUCCUGAAUAGUAAGACGCCUCUUUGGACCUACAAGGUGAACGUACUGUGUCCAAGAAUCAAGAGUACAAAAAGCGUACCGCAAGCCUUGUUGGCACGACAAAUCGAUAAGAACUAACGAAUUCGUUGUCGGUGAUUCCUCCUUAUCCUGAUGUCCUUAUGCGAAUACUAAACCAACUUAUUGCUGAUAGCCGUAGAGCGGAACGAGGCCGUGUGUUUGCCGCUGCGAGCGACCGCUCUCUCCACGAUCCACGGGACAUAUUUUUUUCUCGAUUCUCUUCACAAGACAGGGCUGAGUAUGCCCAAGGCACUCUA